CCCUUCAACCCUUCUUGUCUUGUUCAAUUUCAAUUUCAAUUUCAAAUUUCUCUACAUCUCUCUCUCAGACUCAGACCCAUGGCUUCUCUCCUCCGCCGCAUCCCGAUCGCCGCCGUCAUCCUCCUCCUCUCCCUCUCCGCCACCGCCACCGCACGCCCCUGCCGCAGCUUCAUCAUCUCCUCCUACUCCUUCCGCAACCCUUCCUCCAACACCUUCGCCACCAUCACCGAGAUCCGAUCCCUCACCCCUCUCUACAUCAACGACAAACCCUACGACAUCUUCUUCGACCACCCCCAAAACCACCACCAACAAAUCGAACCCCAACACGGCGCGUCUCUCCCACGCGGCCCCUUAGGGUUCUCCACCGCUCCUUACUACGACUUCACCUCCCUCCGUGACCGCACCAAGGACAUCCUCAGCGUCGCGCUUGCCCUCCUCUUCGGCCUUGGAUGCGGCGCUCUCACCGCCGCUACCAUGUACCUCGUCUGGUCCGUCUUCUCCGCCCGUUACGACUACCGCGCCGCCGUGUACGGCGAUCUCUCCGAUGACGAGGAGGUCGACAGCCCCAAGAAGACCGGCUACGUCAAGAUCCCCGCCGCUGAGGCUCCGGCCAAGGGUUCGGUAUGAGGAAUUUGGGAUUUUAUGUGGAUUGUUAAUAAUGAGAAUAUCAUAGUUAAAUUGAAUGUAGAUGAUGCCGAAAUGGUGCAAACUCUUGCCCUGUAUUAGUGUUCGUUUCUUGAUGAUCACUUGUUUAAUUUUGAAUUUCGUGUAUUUGUGUUGUUUUAAUAUGUAAUUGGAAAACCCUAGUAAUGGCGGUGUCGAUUUUCUGUAUU